CUGUAUGUGUAGCUGAACAGAAAGAGAGACUCACAGUUGAAUAAGAGAUAGAGCGGGAGGCCUCAUGUGUUUUAGUUCUUGUGAUCUGUUAAAAGUGAGUAACACCGCAGCAGCAGCACUCAGUACUUUUCUUGCCUCUAAUUUCAGGAUUGUGCUUCACAUCUGAUUUUUUUUCAAACUCAUCACCAGCUGAAGACGCAGAGAAUGUUGCUCAGGUUUAAUUUUUGCAACAAAAGCGUCUCCUGAAUGUGUUCCACAGCCAACUAUGUUCUCCCUCUGAGGAGAACCUGUGAGGUAGCAGCUACAUCAGGCAAGUUGUGUGGGGGAGUGCCCAUGCCAGCUAAUUUCCCUGGAGUGAGAUCUCAUGGAGCUCCUCAGGACACAGAGAUGGAUGUGGCUUGGCAGGAGUUGAUGGCCAUCACAGAGCUGCAGGAGUUCGAAGUCCCUCCUGAAAACUCCUAUGAGACAACACAGUACCAAACCAUGGAGCCCAUGGCUUCUGUGGGAGAGUAUGGGAUGGCUCAGCCUCAUUCAGAGCCCCCCGCUGCUUGUGAGCUGAGAACCGCCAACACUUACAAUGGAUUUUAUUCCGAAGAGGUGCCUACCUGUCAUCGUCUAGGCACCUCCACAGAAACAAUGUAUGGAAACUCUGAACCUCAGCUCAAUCAGAGAAUGCUCGCAAUUUCCUCUCACCCACAGCAAUCUUUUGUGCCCCUUAGGGAGCAAACAAAUAUGUCAGGUGUCAAUCAAGGGCACAGGAGAACCAAUGCGUGUCUCACUCAGGGACUACGUGGGCACAUGCAGUGGACUGUACAUGGACAAAAUGCACACACUCGCUCCGGUGAUGAUCUGGAGUCUGACUCUGGUCUGUCACUGGGUUCCAGUCCACCUUUGGCCUCUCCAGAUAAUCCUGUUGGCGGUGCACCAGGUUACCAAAGCAUAGACAUAGGAAUGGCAUAUAGUGAUGGCGAACCAGACGGCAUGACUGAGCACACAAGAAGAUCUCACCUCCAUUACUCAGCGGAUUAUCAGAGUCAUACUCACUCAUAUUUACACCCAGGUGCACAUCCAUCUUAUUUUUCAGCCCAACCCAUUUUAUCUCAGCCACCGCCGAGUACUCCAACUCCUCGAUCAAUGAAACACCAGGGUUCGGCUGCAGCCUUGAGUGACCUAUACAAUGAUUCUGCAAUGUCCAGCAGAGGGAGCUCACACCUUAACAUGUACACAAAACCCCAAGGAAGCAUCUCAACCCCUCCCCUGAGUAGAGAUGAGCGGCGGGCCAUAGCUUUGAAGAUCCCCUUCCCCAUGGAUAAGAUUAUCAAUCUACCUGUCGAUGACUUCAAUGAGCUCCUGACACAGUAUACUCUGACAGAUGCUCAACUAGCACUGGUCAGGGACAUUAGACGACGGGGGAAGAACAAGGUCGCAGCUCAAAACUGCAGGAAGAGGAAGCUCGAGAGCAUAAUUCACCUUGAAAGGGAACUGAAUCAGCUGCAGGCCCAAAGGGAACACCUGGCACAAGAAAGGCUAGAGUUCCAGCGCAGCUUGGCAUUCAUUAAAUGUCGUCUUACAGAUCUUUACACGCAAGUAUUUUCUCAUUUACGAGAUGAAGAUGGACAACCAUACUCGAUAGAUGAAUAUUCUCUACAGCAGACACCUGAUGGUAAAAUUUAUCUGGUACCUCACACAAUGCAGAAGAGAGAGCAAUGCUGAAGAACUGGGUAUAAUUUCUUUACUCUGGAGAACAUUCUACCCAAUUGUGCCACUUUGACUGAUUCAUGCAGGAAGUUGUCAAAAGAAUCAUGUUAAGCUUCAUAAAUGUAUUAAUGGACACUUUUCAUGUUCAGUUAAUGAAUGAAACCAGAGAUUUGUUUUUAUACAAACACUUUAUUAAAAAAAGUUUAUAAAAAAAAAAAAUAACUGCACAGCAGUCUUCUUAAAAUAUUUUGAGCACCAGCAUGAAUUUUCAGCCAACCUGUGGGGAGAAGGGAAAACCAUAUUAAUUCAAAUUUAAAAAAAACAAAAACAAACAAGUAAUGAUUUUUACCUGGCAAAAACCAUUGUCACAGAAAUGAAGCCAGGUUUUGGGGUCCAUGUAGUUAC